AUGCCGGCGAACCCCAAGCUCGCGGCGAGGCCCUCGCCGCCGGCCGCCGCCGCAACCCGACCGAAAGCCACAGCGAAUCCUUUCCUCGCUGUUAGGCACUGCGACGACGAUGACGAUGACGACGACUUCCAGAGCCCUCCCCGUGCCACCCGCGCGCUGAAGCCUCCCGAUGGCGCCGCCGACUCGCGCCGCCCCAGCAAGAAGGUCAGGCCGUCGUCCUCGUGUAGGUCCGGGAAGGAGAACCGUCCCGCCGCUGGCGGGGGCAGGGCUCUCGCCGCGAAGGCUGCGGGGGUUGGCGAAACCCUAGCUGUCGCCUCGGGGGUUAGCAGCGGUGUUCCAGGGGGGAACGAAGCGAUGGGCGGAGGAAUUCGCGGCCUUUUGAGGCGCGGGUCUGAUGACUCUAGUUCAUUUUCUAAUAGGAAGAAAGGAUUAGAUAGAUAUGUGCAUCGUGAUGGAAGUUUGAAUUCUCGCCCCAGUUCGAUGGAUUCCAUGGUUUCCAUGCCGGAUUCCACAAAUGGUUUGGGUAAUGUGUGUUCUGAAGUGACUCAAAUGGCCGGCUCCAGGGACUGUAUCUCCAUUCCUUUGGAGGGGCAUGCUGUGAUGGAGUUGGGAAGGUCGGAAUCUGGUUCUGCCACUAUGCAGGAGGAAAGGACUGGCUCUGAGGUUCUUGAAGGCGAUCAUCCUGCAGGAUUAAUCGAGUCGAGGCUUCUGACAUUGGAUGCAAAGUGUGAUUUUAGAGGUGCAGACUCCAUGGAUCCAAAAGAGCUUGGCUCUGGGAUUGAUCCCUCCUUUUCCGAUGAUAGGACCGUGGAGAAAGAAUCUGGGGUGACAUCUGUAUGCACAUUUGCACUUCAUAACAGGAACUGCAACUUGAGUUGUGUUGAAUCGGAACUUGAAAUGUCAAAUGCGAGGUAUGGUUUUGGUCCUCAUGAUUGCAAGGGAAGCCAAGAGGGUCUGGGACUUUGUAACUUGAUUUCUGAAGAGAGGACAGUUGCUGCAGAAGGUGAUGCAACUUUCAAAUUCGAGGCUAGGGAGAACACAUCAAGUGAGGUUGAGGCUUGCAAGGGGGGUCGCUCCUUGGACCCAGUUGAACCAAAGCUUACGGAAUCAUGUGGCACACAUGCUUUUGAAGGCGAUGGCUAUGAUGAUUUUGAGAUCGGAACACAACUUAACGAGCUCAUAAACUUGUGCAUGGAGGAUUACGCGGAGGGUCCUUUCAGCAACAGGGCGUCUUGCCUUGAAGGGAAUGGAAUGGAUUCUGGUAGUUUUAGUUCAGUCAAUCAAGUGCAAUGCCCUGUGUGUGGAUCAGAUCUUUCUGAGUUGAGCGAAGAACUCCAGCUGGUGCAUACUAACAGUUGCCUUGAUAGAGAUGAACCUGCCAAGGAACCGGAUUCCAAUCACCAGAAUGAACCCUGUGCUGAAAACAUGCCUGUUGUAGAAUGGCUAAGGAAUCUGGGGCUGUCCAAGUAUGAGGAGAUUUUUAUCAAAGAAGAAGUUGACUGGGAGACCUUGCAGUGGCUCACAGAAGAGGAUCUUCUAGGUAUGGGGAUAAUCUCUCUUGGUCCAAGAAAGAGAAUUGCCCAUGCUCUAAGUGAGUUACAGAAGAAAAACGAUGAUGCCAAUGAUUUGGCCAACGAUGUAUUAAAUAUGGAGAAUAACAAGAAGGCUAAGCUUCCAAUGAAUGGCAACAAAUUAAUUACUGAAUACUUUCGGUGUUCAUCGUUUGAUCAAAGACCAAGAAAAGCAUGUAAAAUCAGUACACCAUCCAAUUUGAAUAGCCAGAAAAACUCCAACGCUAAAGCCUCCAGUGGAAGGCAUACUGUUAAAGGAAAGGUUAAAGAUACACCUCUUUGGUGUUGCAUCCCAGGGACCCCUUUUCGAGUGGAUGCUUUCCGCUACUUAAGAGGAGAUUGCUGCCACUGGUUUUUGACACACUUUCAUGUAGACCAUUACCAAGGUUUGACAAAAAGCUUUUGUCAUGGGAAGAUAUACUGUUCAUCAGUUACAGCAAGUCUUGUGCAUCAUAAGAUUGGUAUCCCAUGGGAUCGAUUGCAUGUAUUGCCACUCAACGAAAAGAUUACUGUCGCAGGAGUUAAUUUGACAUGUUUUGAUGCCAACCAUUGCCCUGGAGCAAUUAUUAUUCUUUUUGAGCCUCCUAAUGGUAAAGCUGUUCUACACACUGGAGACUUCCGAUUUUCUUCUGAGAUGGCAAACAAUCAUAUUUUGCAGUCUUCUCCUAUCCACACUCUAAUACUUGACACAACCUACUGUAAUCCACGAUAUGACUUCCCAAGUCAAGAGAUUGUAAUACAGUUUGUUAUCGAGGCUAUCCAAGCAGAAGCCUUCAAUCCAAAGACACUUUUUUUGAUUGGCAGCUAUACGAUUGGUAAAGAAAGAUUGUUUAUGGAAGUUGCUCGUUUGCUUCAGAAGAAAAUAUACGUUGGAGCUGCAAAGUUGCAAAUAUUAAAGCACCUGGAGCUUCCUCAGGAUAUCUUUCAUUGGUUUACAGCCAAUGAAGCUGAAAGUCACAUACAUGUUGUUCCUAUGUGGACUCUAGCAAGCUUCAAGCGGAUGAAGUAUUUGUCUACUCAAUAUGCUGAUCGGUUUGACCUCAUAGUUGCAUUUUGUCCAACUGGUUGGUCAUUUGGUAAAGGGAAGAAAAGAACACCAGGCAGAAAAUGGCAACAAGGGGCAAUCAUCAGAUAUGAAGUGCCCUAUAGUGAACAUAGCAGCUUCACAGAACUCCGAGAGUUUGUCAGGUUCAUAUCACCAGAGCACAUAAUUCCUAGUGUAAACAAUGACGGCCCUGAUAGUGCGAAUGCCAUGCUGGCGCAAUUGUUGAAUGAUUAGCAAAUCCUGCACUCUGUUUCAACUUUCAUGGUCUGGUUGCUAUUAUACACAUUGCUUCAAAAUCACCUCAAGAAGAGUUAAAGGACACAGAAGUUAAUGAUCAGGGACCAGGAGCUGAGGGGGGAAUUGGUAAAAUCACGGAGUCUCAUUCCCUUUGGUGAUGCCUACCAUUUCUGAUGCUGAUGUCGUCAUGCAGGACAGCAGGAGGAGAAAAUCCAGGUCAUACCUCAUUGCCUUAUCAGUACAAACUCUGGAUGAUAAUUAGCAGCUAGGCUAUAACUACCUCAAAAACCGGAGGGAACUUUGGAAAUCAUUGUGGAAUUUCCGAAGGAUUCAUGCCUAUUUUUUGGUAGAGCACUACAAUUUUUACUAGAGCAGUACAGAGUAUCUUCCGACAUGAGCUAGUCUUGUCUUCAGCUAUUUGGUGUUCCUUCACUCCACCAGCCAGCUAGCUUUUAGUGUUUAUUAAUCUCAAUCUAUUUGUACAGUAGUGAUUUCUGUAACUCAACUUAUGAGAGAAAUACUCCUUGUAUU